CUCCACCUCUCUGUCUUUGGCAUUUGUUUGUUAGACUGUUGUAGUUGGCCAAUCCAUUCCAUUCCUCCAAAACAACACACCAACUUAAUUUCCUCAAGUCACUCUUCGAACUACGUACCCAACAGAGAGAGAGAGAGAGAGAGAACAAACUAAACCAUUAUGGGGAAAUGGAAAUAAGAGGAGGAAACAUCUAUGCCUUCCAAUACCACCCGUUAAUUCAUAUACAGCUAGCUACCUCAUGCUCAUCAGCCCAGCCCCCAAAACUCAAUACCCAUCAAUCCCAAUGGAGACAACAGCCGGGACGGUACUGAUCAUGAGAAGAUCAAUCCACACUUUCCUUCAGAACUACCACUAUGGCACCGCCGCCGCCCUCCUCUGCUUCCCCUUCUCAGCUGCCAUCCUCCUGUCGCAAGCUCUAAUUCUCCCCGUCUCUCCCCUCCUCCCAACAGUUCACAGCCAUCUGAGAUCUCUCUUCGAUGCUGCAGGCUUCCCCCCCUCGUCUGAAUUCUUCGCCAUUCUCAGCCUCAAGCUCUCUCAAACCAUCACCUCUUCCAUUCUGGUUCUUCCAUUCACCCUCUCCUUCCUCCUCUUGUCCAAGGCCUUCAUAAUUCAGGCCCUCAUCCUAAAUCAUCACGAUUAUAAACCACCUCCAAAUCCUUCUUGGCGGCAGGCCUCUGAUUCUUCUUUCCUAUCAGUUUACAGUUCCAUCCUCCUCACCCAAGUCUGCAAUUCACUUGUCAUCCUCUCUGCAAAUGCAACUUGCUUUUUUCUCCUGUUCUUGGCCUUCACUACUAUUUCCCCCACCUCCCUGCUCGUCCUCCUCCUCCUCUCUGCCACAGCAGCUUUUGUCUACUCCAUCAUUCUCGCCAAUGCCCUCAUAGUAUGCAGCUUAGCGUUGGUUUCAUCAGGGAUGGAUAAAUGCGGCGGCUAUCUUGCCAUUCUCAAGGCCUGUGUUCUGAUCAGGGGAAGAAGUGCAACCGCAUUGGCACUGGCAGUGCCUGUCAACAUGGCUCUGGGUGCAGCCGAAGCCUUGUUCCAGUACCGCGUGGUGAGAGCUUAUUAUCGCGCCCAAGGUUCCCUUUUUUGCGUCGUGUUAGAAGGGAUACUCAUUGCUUACCUGUACUCCAUCAUAAUUGUCAUCGAUACAAUCGUGGGCUGUGUGUUGUUCAAGAGCUGUAAAAGAGCUCAUCAGAUAGAUCAGGAGAGAAGAAAUAAUUCUAACUGGUCGGUUGGCAAUAUUAAAGAAGAAGAAGAAGAUUACACCAGUACUCGUGCAACUUUGAACAUUUUGGCAGAGCUUGCAUGAAAAGGGCAAAUCCUGAUUUGCCAGAAAAUAAGAACUAAGAAGCGCAGGGAAGUACCAAACUGCAGUGGUCCAUUGCUUGCGAUCGAGCCAGAAACCUAGGCCGCACCAGCACCAGGACAUGGGAUUCAUAUUAAUUAUUAAGUUAAUGCAUAUAUAUAUAUAUAGUCGUGACAAAUAGGCAAAAUAAUAUGGAUAUAUAUUGUAAGCUAAUUUGCUUCCAUUCUUCAUUUGAUUAUUUUUGUGCACCCCGGCCUUUCAAUUUGCUUGCUAGCUAGCUGUAUUGGCAAUUGCAAAGGCUUUGUAAACUUUGCUUUAUAUGAUUUAUAGCUAGACCUCCUUCCUUUUGACUGUGAUUUGUGGGUG